CCCUAUUUGCAGCCCUCGAUUAAUUUUUUUUCGUAAAAAAUGGGCGACAACGUGGUGACGGACUUAAAAAACUUGGAUUUGAACAAGCAAAAGGCGGCCAAAAUGAAGAAGGAGAAAAAGGAGAAACCUGCCGGCGCUGGCGGUGGCGACACUCGCAAGGAACUCAAUCCCUGGCCCAAGUACAUCGAGGAGCGUAAUGUCUUCUGGGAGAAGUGCAAGGCGGAGUACGAGGCUGAACUAGCGGCCAACCGAGAGGCCAUAAAGGUUACUCUGCCCGAUGGCAAGCAGGUGGACGCCACCUCCUGGGAGACCACCCCCUAUGAAGUAGCACGCGGCAUCAGCCAGGGUCUGGCCGACAACACCGUCAUCAAGGUGAAUGGUGAGGUUUGGGAUCUUGAUCGUGUCCUCGAGGGCAACUGCACUCAGCUGCUCAAAUUCGACGAUCCAGAGGCGCAGGCCGUCUUCUGGCACAGCUCUGCGCAUAUUAUGGGCGAGGCCAUGGAGCGCAUCUACGGCGGACACCUGUGCUACGGUCCGCCCAUUGAAAGUGGCUUCUACUACGACAUGCACUUGGAUGGAGAGGGUAUCUCCACCAACGACUACGGCACCAUGGAGGGUCUGGUCAAGCAAAUUGUCAAGGAAAAGCAGAACUUUGAGCGACUGGAGAUGAAGAAAUCUGACUUGCUGGAGAUGUUCAAGUACAAUGAGUUCAAGGUACGCAUUCUUAACGAGAAAGUCACCACGGAUCGCACCACCGUCUACAAGUGCGGCUCUCUGAUCGAUCUCUGCCGCGGACCACAUGUCCGUCACACCGGCAAGGUGAAGGCCCUGAAGAUCAAAAACUCCUCCACUUACUGGGAGGGCAAGGCCGACGCUGAGACUCUGCAGCGUGUUUACGGCAUCUCGUUCCCCGAUCCCAAGCAGCUCAAGGAGUGGGAGAAGCUGCAGGAGGAAGCUGCUAAGCGGGAUCACCGUAAGAUUGGCCGCGAGCAGGAGCUGUUCUUCUUCCACGAGCUGUCGCCAGGCUCGUGCUUCUUCCAGCCACGCGGAGCUCACAUCUACAACACACUGAUGAGCUUCAUAAAGGCGGAGUACAGGAAGCGCGGCUUCCAGGAGGUCAUUUCUCCAAAUAUUUACAAUGCCAAGCUGUGGAUGACCUCCGGUCACUGGCAGCACUAUGCUGAGAACAUGUUCUCCUUUGAGGCGGAGAAGGAGAAGUUCGCCCUGAAGCCUAUGAACUGCCCUGGUCAUUGCCUCAUCUUCGAUAACCGCAACCGUUCGUGGCGAGAGCUGCCGCUGCGCAUGGCCGACUUUGGAGUGCUGCACCGCAACGAACUGUCUGGUGCCUUGACCGGAUUGACGCGAGUGCGUCGCUUCCAGCAGGACGAUGCGCACAUCUUCUGCCCCGAGCAGAUCAAGAGCGAGAUGAAGGGCUGCCUGGAGUUCCUGAAGCAUGUUUACACCAUCUUCGGCUUCUCCUUCCAGCUGGUGCUGUCCACACGCCCGGAGAACUAUCUGGGUGAGUUGGAGCAGUGGAACGAUGCUGAGAAGGCGCUCGCCGAGUCGCUCAAUGAGUUUGGCAUGCCCUGGAAGGAGAACCCCGGCGAUGGCGCCUUCUAUGGACCCAAGAUUGAUAUUACCAUUAUGGAUGCUCUGAAGCGGGCCCAUCAGUGCGCCACCAUUCAACUGGAUUUCCAGCUGCCCAUUCUUAAUCUCAGCUACAUUGCCGACGAUGGCGAGAAGAAGAAGCCGGUGAUUAUCCAUCGUGCCAUCCUCGGCUCCGUGGAGCGUAUGAUUGCCAUCCUCACGGAGAACUAUGCCGGCAAGUGGCCCUUCUGGCUGUCGCCACGUCAAGUAAUGGUGGUGCCAGUGGGACCGGCCUAUGAUCAGUAUGCGCAGACGGCGGAUCAGCUCCACGAUGCCGGCUUUAUGAGCGAGGCGGAUUGCGAUGCUGGCGACACGAUGAACAAGAAGAUACGAAAUGCUCAGUUGGCCCAGUUCAACUUUAUCCUGGUGGUAGGCGACAAGGAGCGCUCCUCAAACACCGUCAAUGUGCGCACGCGGGACAACAAGGUCCAUGGCGAGGUGUCGGUGGCAGAACUGAUUAAACUGCAGAAGAUUCGCGAUGAGUUCAUAACCAACGAGGACAGCUUCUAGGCAGACAACACAAACCCCCUCAAUUUUGCACUAUUUAUCUAAACGUAUACUUAAUAUUUGCAUAGCAAAGCAAGUACGCAUUUUUAUGUUCUUUCUCUAUGUAUCUACGACGCUUAUGAAACCGGAAAUCACAAAUAAAAACCAAAUCCAAAACUGA